AAGGCAGUUACCACCUCAUGAGAGCAGCCAACACAGCCUCGCUUAAAUCAUUGAUAUACAUUACAAACUCCAGAAGUACGGCAAUGCUUUCUAUCCAAGCACUGUUCCCACCAACAAAGAAUUGCUAUAAGUUCAAUUCUUCUUCUUCUAAAUUGUAUUCUUUCUCACUGGCUCUUUAAGAUGGAUUACUGCGCCCAACAAAGUAAGGUCUCUUCUGGCAGGUCAUGGUCACGGGGGCAGCUUAAUCCGAAAGUUUAUUCAUCCACCAGACAAGAUCAGGAAGAUCCGCAGGAGAAGCUUGUUCCUUACAUCAUUUAUAAGAGGUUUAUAAGUGGUUUAUGGUCGUAUAAAAGGGAGCCUUUCAGCAUCAUAGUUCACAUCUAAGGGACGGACAAGUAGUGGUCUGAGUCAGAGAGGAGCCAAGAUGGGAAAGGACUUCCAUCUGUACGAGAACAUCUCUAAGGUCAGCCCAUUUGAGGGGCCACAGUAUCACCUGGCCCCAAUAUGGGCUUUCUACCUACAGACUGCUUUCAUGGGCUUUGUGUUCUUUGCUGGAACACCCCUAAACUUUAUCAUUCUCGUGGUGACAGUGAAGUACAAGAAGCUGAGACAACCGCUGAACUACAUCCUGGUCAACGUCUCGUUAGCAGGCUUCAUCUUUGUGACGUUUUCUGUGAGUCAAGUGUUUGUUUCUAGCGCGAGAGGAUACUACUUCCUGGGUUACACCUUGUGUGCAAUGGAAGCUUGCAUGGGUUCAAUAGCAGGGUUGGUGUCAGCUUGGUCCCUGGCUGUCCUUGCCUUUGAGAGAUAUGUGGUCAUCUGCAAACCCUUUGGCACCUUCAAAUUUGACAACAACCAGGCUCUGGCGGCUGUUGGCUUCACCUGGGUCAUGGGGAUCGGAUGUGCCACCCCACCGUUCUUCGGCUGGAGCAGGUAUAUCCCUGAGGGUCUGGGCUGCUCCUGUGGACCUGACUGGUACACAAACAACGAGGAGUACCACUGUGCCAGCUACACCAAAUUCCUUAUUGUUACCUGUUUCCUCAUGCCCAUGUCCAUCAUCUUCUUCUCCUACUCCCAGCUGCUGGGAGCACUACGGGCUGUGGCAGCUGCACAGGCUGAGUCAGCUUCCACCCAGAAGGCAGAGAAGGAAGUAUCCAGGAUGGUGAUUGUGAUGGUGUGCUCCUUCAUUCUGUGUUACGGCCCCUACGCCCUGGCAGGCUUGUACUUUGCCUACACAACAAGCGAGAACAAAGACUACCGCCUGGUGACCAUCCCUGCUUUCUUCUCUAAAAGCUCCUGUGUAUACAAUCCUCUUAUUUACGCCUUCAUGAACAAACAGUUUAACGCCUGCAUCAUGGAGACUGUGUUCGGAAAGCAGAUUGAAGAGACUUCAGUUUCAGCCUCCAAGACUGAGGUCUCCACAGCAUAAACUGUGACGCUGGUCUCAGUCCAUCAGGAGCCCAUCCCCAACAGCCAACACCUGACCACCCCUUACCUCCACUGCUUCAUACCAGGAAGGUCCUACUGUCAGAGAACUUUUCCAAACUCCAUAGUAUUAUUAUCAUAAUCAGUGUGUGAUUUGUAUAGGGUUUGUGGUGGUAUUGUUGGCCAUUUUAUUUCUUAUUCAUAUGGGAACACCCCUUAGCACACCAUGAGAGCCAAAAAGGGGUUUAUUUUCUCCUGCUCUUUCUUUCUCUCUUCCUCCUAUCCACCUCUCUCUCUCUCGCCUCUCCUCUCCCCCACAAAUCGCACCCUGUUUAAGACCGUAAUGAAUCAUGUACAUUUCAUUCUGAAUAUUGACCGAACCUGUCUGAUGAUGGCAUAUAUUAGCUUACUAAAGCUGCAGUCUAAAAAUAGCAAUGCAUGAAAAAAAAAUGAAGAAAAAUAUGAGUUUAGCACUUUUAUUUUUGUAUCUCCGGAAUGGGGGGUCUUGGGGUGGAUUCAAUAAACCAUCUAAGGCUCCCCAACACUUGAUUGAAAAUGUGAGUUCAGGGCAAAUAGGGUUUAUUGAAUCUACUCCUUGAUGAAAUACUCAAAAUGUUGAUUUAUUGUAACAUAUCUAAGGUAAAUAAAGAUUUAUAUUGUAUUACGAUGCACUUUUAUAACAGUGGUGGACAGUGUUUUAUUUCAACCACAAUCACCAUUUAUUGGAUGUCUUAACAAAAAUCAUUAACACAAACACAACCAGACAAACAAACUCUUAAAAAGAAGAUGUGCCUUGAGGCUCAAACUUGAACAAAUAAGUUUACUCAAUUCGGGUUUUUUUUAUUGAGAAAUGGGCUGUGGAAUCAAAAGUACAGCAUUCGAUCCAAAAUAUGAAUGUCCAUACAUUCUGUGCAUAAAUUCAGAAAAGAAACACUUGCUGACUAUGUAAAUACUUCAACAUAAUCUUCAUUUAAUUUUAAGCAAGCGUAAUUCAGCAACGAUGCUGCAAUGCACCAACCUUUCAGUUCAGCACACCCCACAGGAAGGAAGAACAAACGCUCUUAUUUCUAACCAAUAGAACAGAUGCGUUCUCACACUUGUGCUGCUACUCAAUUGUCCAAAACGGUUUCCCUUUCUUGUUUCACAUUGGUCAUCUAACAUACUUCUUUCACCUAUCAUUUGUUUCUAGACCAAUGCAGAUGGAGGCAAGGAGAGGAAGCCACUGUAGACUGCUGAGAGGCAGUGAUUGACAGCGGAGAAGGCUGCAGAAGCAGUGAUGAACUGCUAAUAAUAACGGCCCUAGUCAUGUAAUAACGGCCCUAGUCAUGUAAUAACGGCCCUAGUCAUGAUAGACAAAUACAGUACAUGUGAAGAAAAGGGGGUCAAAGAAAGUGUUUAUGGAGAAACAGAGCAGGGUGAGGGAUGAUUUCACUGUAGUGGACUCACGUUCCCAUGACCCCCUGAUUCACUGAUAUUUAGUGUCAGUUUCAUUGGUUGAG